AUGAGAUAUGAUGUUUUCGCGAUUUCCGCGGGCCAUGGCAGAGCUCCUAGGGAGAUUCAUGAAGUGAUAGGCCGCGCCGACAGUCAUCAUAUACGUGCUACUUAUGGCCUCUUGACGCACCGUCCGAGGACACGUAUCGAAGACGGCAUUCGAGACGAAUUGGACGAGGUUGUCAACAUCCAAGCACCCAUCUGGCCAGCUGACGGGAACGACAUGAGCGCGAGGGGAUCGGCCCUCGAACACGUAAUGAAACUAUGUUCGAAGUACUGUGUCAGUCUCAAGUUGCCUGUUUCCGUCUCUAUGAUGGCUCCGAGAACUGCUAGCAGAGUGUGGAACGUAGCCCCGAUCAACCAGACCUGUAGGGUCCUACAGACCCUUGCGCCGGCUUGCGUGUACAUGGCGGGGUACCUGAUAGGGUCUUCUCGUCCAUUGAGCGUAUAUCUGUGUUAUCAUACGUGA